AUGGGCGCCUCGUUCGAAGACGUCAUGCGGGUCGUCACGACGCUGUCGGCGCUCUACAUGUGCGCGAGCCCUUCCUCGUCCGUGCUCCGCAUGCACCGCCACCGCAGUGUCGGCAACGCAUCGGUGCUGCCCUUCGCCACGCUCUGGGUCUGCAACCACAUCUGGAUGCUGUACGGCUACGUGACGGGCAACACCUUCCCGGUGCUCACCACCUACGCUAUCGGGGACGCCCUCAGUGUCGUCUUCCUUGCAGUGUACGCCCGGUACGCGACCGAGCGCAAGGCCGUCUUCAGAACCUGCUGCAUUGCGUUGGCGUGCAACGUCGCGGUGACCAUAUACGUCAUGCUGGGCAAGAACGGGGUGCUGCCAGGCUCGCAGCAGUCCCUAAAGCUGAUCAUCGGGAUCGUCGCCAUCGCCUCCAGCCUCGCGCUGUAUGCGUCGCCACUGGCCGCCAUCAAGCUGGUCCUGCAGACGCGGUCGUCGGCCUCGCUGCCCUUCGCCAUGAUCCUCGCUGGCACCAUCAACAACCUGCUCUGGGUCGUCUACGGCUUCCUCGUGUUCGACCUGUUCCUGAUCGUCCCGUCAUCCGUCAACGGCGCCCUCGGACUGGUCCAAGUGGCUCUCUACGGCGUGUACCACCCG